UUUUGUCUGGUUUGGAAAUCUCUGAAUUGGAAACAAAUGAUUUCAUAGAGCUACCAGAUGUUUUGACUCAAAGUACCAUGCCAGUUUCUACAUUGAAUAUUCCCCAGCAAAAGGACAUUGAUCAGUGGCCUCAUCUUAAACCUGUUAAGCUUCAUAGCAUCAAUGCAGAUGUGGAACUACUGAUAGGAACUGAUGCUUCAAAUGUUUUAGAGCCCUGGGAGGUGAUCAACAGUGUAGAUGGUGGGCCUUAUGCUGUAAAAACUAAAGUUGGCUGGGUCAUAAAUGGUCCCCUGCACACUAGAAGCCACAGCAAAAAUAGAAAUGUUUGCACUGCUGUGACAGCCAACAGGAUCUCUGUUGAGCAUCUUGAAGAAAUGCUGAUCAAACAGUACAAUCAUGAUUUUAACGAAAGAUCAUCAGAGGAGAAAACUGAAAUGUCUAGAGAGGAUUUGCAUUUCAUGAACAUUGUCAAUAACUCUACAAAACUUAUUAAAGGUCAUUAUAAUAUUGACUUACCUUUCAGGAGUGAAAGCCCCUGCUUUCCAAAUAACAUCUGUGUUGCAGAGCAGCGCCUCCAGAGCCUCAGAAGGAGAUUUGAAAAGGAUGCUGAGUACAAGGAGGAAUACACUGCAUGUGUAAACAACAUGCUGCAGCAAGGACAUGCUGAGGCUGUACCAGCAGAGGACCUACAGAAAGGUGUAACAGAGGAAAGUUUAUUGAACAAAAGAUGGCAGAUCUGCCAGAAGAAAGAGUCCUGCCAGCCACCGCUCCUUUUACAAAUGUUGGAGUGGAUUACUUUGGUCCUGUAAGUGUUAAAAGAGGACGAAGCCUCCUGAAAAGGUAUGGAGUUCUGUUCACUUGUUUCACCAGCCGUGCAGUGCAUCUGGAAAUGGCCUACACCCUCGAUACAGAUUCCUGUAUAAAUGCAGUCCGCAGGUUCAUCUGUAGAAGAGGCCCAGUUUCCACCAUCAGAUCUGACAAUGCCACAAAUUUUGUUGGUGCAAAUCGAGAGCUGAAAGAGAGUUUAGCUGAACUGAAUCAUGCUAAAAUUCAAAAUGCUUUUGUGCAGGAUGGAAUUAAAUGGAACUUUAACAUCCCAGCAGCAUCUCACCAAGGUGGAGUUUGGGAGCGUCUGAUUCGUUCCAUAAGAAGUAUUUUGGUUUCAGUUCUUAAAGAGCAAGUUUUGGAUGAUGAAGGGCUUCAAACUAUUUUUUGUGAAGUUGAAGCCAUAUUAAACGACAGACCCAUCACUAAAGUUUCCGAUGACUCAAAUGAUCUUGAGGCACUAACACCCAACCAUUUGUUGUUGUUAAAAACCAAACCAGUUUUGCCACCAGGAUUGUUCAAUCAAAAGGAUCUUUUUGUCAGGAAAAGGUGGAAACAGGUGCAAUACAUGGCAGAGCUGUUCUGGAAAAGAUGGCUUUCUGAGUACUUACCUCUGAUGCAGGAAAGACAAAAAUGGACAAGAACUAAACGAUGUCUCACUCCUGGAGAUGUUGUCUUAAUUGCAGACUCUACAGCUCCAAGAGGAACAUGGAUGA